AUGGAAAAGAAAAUUAAAGCCGCGCAGUUAAAAAGGCGCCAAGCUCAAACGCUGAUCAAGAACAUUGAGCAGUUCAAAUUGAACUAUUCUGAUAGUGAUGUGAAUGAAAUUCCCGUGUGUUUGGAACAGUUGGAGCAACAUAAUGCCAAUUUUAUGGAUGCAAUCUCCAAACUCGAAGAGUUGGAUGAGUCCGCGGAAUCUCUAGAAACGUAUUUGCAAGAAAGGUGCGAAAUGGACAAUGUGUAUCGCAAAAUAAAGGGAUUCUUGCUUCAGAAGCAGCCAUGUGAAGCAAAUCCGCUAAAUGCUUCAGUGUUGUUUGCGAACACGAGUGUUGGUUCGUCGGGUCAGUCGGGACCAAGCUUACGACUCCCGAAAAUCGGAUUACCAUCCUUCGAUGGUGAUUCAACGAAGUGGCUCUCCUUCCGUGAUCGAUUUGUAUCGAUGAUCGAUUCGUCAGCAGAGAUUCCUCCGAUCAUGAAACUUCAGUACCUGUUGUCUUCACUGAAGGGGGAAGCCGCUUUGCUCUUCGAGCACACCACGCUGAUAGCAGACAAUUACGCUGGCACCUGGGCCGCAAUGUUGAAAACCUACGACAACCCGCGUAUGUUGAUCCGGCAAUAUCUGCGGAAAAUUCACCAUCUCCCAGCGGUAAAAUCGGAAUCUGCGGAUGAAUUGGCACACCUGGUCGUCGAGUUUAAGCGUCAUGUAGACGGCUUAGAAAAGCUGAAGGAACCUGUCGACAGUUGGGACGCUCCGCUCACCACCUUGAUGUUCUUCAAGCUGCAUCCCUCGACUAUGCUGGCUUGGGAAAAGCAUUCGUCGCAAGCACCUCGAGAUAAGUAUAAGGAUCUCAUCGAGUUCUUACAAAGUCGUGUAAUAAUUCUCAGGUCAACUCGGGAAUUCUCGGAAGACAUAAAGGUCAAUGCGGCAAUGGGGGCCGGCGGCGAGCGAAAGGUUGGAUCCAGACCGAAAUCUGCCGUGAAUGCAGCGACAACACAGCAAUCGACGCAUGGCCAGUCCAACCGCAUGCAGCUACCUUGCCCGUUGGGUUGCGAAGAGGCGCACAAUCUUCGCAGCUGUCCUGAGUUCCUGAAAAGGGAUGUCCAGCGUCGUCGAGAAGUGGUGGCGAAGGAGCAGCUAUGCUUCAACUGCCUGAACCAAAACCACCAAGUGAGAUCAUGUAAGUCACUUAAUCGUUGCAUUACGUGCAACGCCAGACAUCAUAGCUUACUACAUGACAACACACGUCCGAAAGUGUCGAUGGCGGCAAAGGCCGAACAAGCGAUGUCAUUUCUUGAGACGUCAUUGCUUUGGGUGGUCGAUGACCAUGGUAUUCGGCAUGAAGCACGAGCGCUCUUGGAUUCAGGAUCCAUGUGCAACUUCAUUUCGGAAUCCUUAGCGCAAAAGUUGCUUACCACGCGAUCAAAGGUUAGUGUUUCGAUCAUAGGUAUCGGUCAAGCGGUACAACAGGUUAACCGAUCUGUCGUUGCUGCAGUACAAUCGAAGUCAGGGCAGUUUGCAUCCACUAUGGAAUUUCUGAUUUUGAAAUCACCGUCUGCUGAGAUUCCAAUGACACCGAUCGACACAACAUCAUGGAAGAUUCCGACUGUCACGUUAGCAGACCCAUCAUUCCACAUCCCAGGGAAGAUCGAUAUCGUCAUCGGUAGUGAUGCAUAUUGGGAAAUGCAUACUGGAAAAAAGCGUGCACUAGGUAGAGGCAGACCAUGGUUGGUAGAGACGCCCUUUGGUUGGACAGUCUCUGGGAAUACUUCCCACACAUCGGCUUCGAGCCAUCGGUCCUGCCUCACCACCGUCAGUCAAGCUUCACUUGACACUAUGCUGCAACGCUUCUGGGAAACAGAAAGCAUCCUAGAAGGUCCCGCGUUGUCCAUAGAAGAGGACCAAUGCGAGAAACACUAUGCGGCCACUACAACGCGUGAUAGCCAAGGUCGAUACGUAGUAAGCUUGCCGCAGAAGACCGAUUCUGAUAUUGUACUGGGACAAUCUAGAGCGAUAGCCGAUCGACGGCUCGUUGCCGUUGAACGACGAUUGUUGAACAAUCCUGAAAUGGACAGAGAAUAUAAAAGGUUUAUGUCCGAAUACGAAACAUUGGGACACAUGAGAAAACUCACCGAACCUGUUGAUGAUAGUGCUCCGCACUAUUACAUCCCUCACCAUGCGGUGGUGAAGGAAACGAGUACGACCACGAAGGUACGUGUUGUCUUCGAUGCAUCCUGCAAGACAACAUCUGGGUACUCGUUAAACGAUACGCUGCUCAUAGGCCCUACGGUACAAGAUGAUUUGUUUACGAUCAUCUUAAGGUUCAGAAAGCACGCCAUAGCCCUAGUAGCAGAUGUCGAAAAGAUGUAUCGACAAGUUCGUCAUUGUGAAAGUGAUCACAAACUGCUACGAAUUCGGUACCGAGAAAGAUUCACCGACCCGAUAGCAACGUACGAGUUGCAAACAGUUACCUACGGCACUGCCUCAGCGCCAUUUUUGGCCACACGCACGUUGCAACAGAUUGCACACGACCACAAGGGCCAGUACCCCAAAGCGAUAGAUCCAGUUCUACACGACUUCUAUGUGGAUGAUUUAUUGACCGGUGCAGCGGACCUGGCAGAUGCCAUCGAAGUGCGCAAGCAAAUUUCGCAAAUGCUGGAUUCAGCCGGCUUUGCAUUGAAGAAGUGGGCGUCAAAUGUUCCUGCUGCACUACGAGAUGUCCCACUAGAGGAUCUUGCGAUCAAAACGAUGCACGAAUGGCAGGAUGGCCAAGCAGUAUCAACGCUAGGGUUGGUUUGGGAACCAGCCAAUGAUAUGUUCUGCUUCAAAGUCAAUCUUCCACCACCUGCUGAAGUAUUAACGAGAAGUCUGGUCUUGUCGUAUACGGCAAGUAUAUUCGACCCUCUUGGGCUAUUGGGUCCGACCAUCAUCCUGGCUAAGAUGUUCCUGCAGCGAUUAUGGAGUCUGAGGCAUGAUGGAAAUGCUUGGGAUUGGGAUCGUGCAUUACCGGGCGAGCUUCAGGAAGAGUGGAGAAAUUUCCACUCAACGCUAUAUUUGCUACGCAAAGUUGGAGCUGUGCGCCGCACGAUUAGCGACGCAAUUGUUCCAGAAAGUGAGUCGAGUGCUAACGACAUCUACGAUGACUAUCUGUUGGACCGACUCGAUGACAGUCAUGUACUGGCUGAAGUCUCCUCCUCGUCGAUGGAAACCAUUUGUGGCCAACAGGGUGGCCCAAAUACAGGAGGAAACGAGGAUAUCUUGCUGGCGUCAUGUUCCGGGGUGUCAUAA